AAGCACUCAUUUCUACGCUUUAAUGUGAUCUUGAUAAAGUUGUCAUUUAUAGCAUUGAAAUAGUUGGAAGAUACAGCUUCAUUCAGGAAUAUAGGUAACAUGAUGUGUUUACUCAGAAUAGGUUUCUUUCAUACUCGUUCUUCUGGUGGAGGCCAUCUCAAGGAUGGGGUUGAUGAAAUUUUAUUUUUGUUCUUAUGUUGAGGUCUGUAAAGUUUGGAAUUGUUCUUGUCACUGUGGAAGAAAAAGAAAGGAUAGCUUGUCACAGCUAAAUGCACCGUAUCAUUGUAAAGUAAAUAGGAUAAAGUUUUCGAUAAAAAGAACGAGAUGUUCCAGGCUUUACAAAAGUAGUCACCACAUCCUGAGCUUGAGCACUGUAACCAAAGAGAACAUAAGUAUCUUGCUUCAGAAGGCCAAAGUCAACGUUAAAAACUUAAGAAAAGUCUCCCUGUGGAAUGCUUUACCCCCAGACUCUUCACUUUUAUUGUUAGCAGCCUUGGUAGGUAUUGGUGGAGGUGCUGGAGUUACUUUAUUCAAAACACUGAUAAGGUUGGUUUCGGAGUGGUCCUACGGUGAUCACUUUGCUGGGAAUUUAUUGUACUUGUUUGGGAGAUACAACAUCAUUUUUAUACCCACAUUAGGAGGCUUCCUCGUUAGUUUGUUACGUUCCAGAAAGCAAGAACUGGGUGGUGGUCUCAACGAGAUUAUCGAACAAGUGAAGCAAGGGAAGCCUGUGAAUUUGUCACGAUUAUUUUUUAAAAACGCUGCUGCAGUUGUUACUCUGGGUACUGGUUGUUCUUUAGGCCCUGAAGGACCUUCCGUGGAAAUUGGAGCUGCAGUUUCUCGGCUUUUUUCCAAUUGGUUUCGAUUAUCUUCUGAAAAGCAACUUUGGGUGUUGGCCACAGGAGCAGCUGCUGGAUUUGCUGCAGGUUUUAAUGCUCCUAUUGCUGGAGUAUUUUUUGCUUUGGAAAUUGUACUUGGCUCGUCAGUUAUCCGAAACGGUUUGGAUGCGACUGGAAACUCUACUGUUGCUAUGUUAUUGUUAUCUUCUGCGUUAUCUGCUUUGGUUUCUCAGGCUGGCUUAGGAUCUAGUCCAGCGUUUUCGUUACCCAAAUAUGAGAUAUUAUCACCCAUUGUGGAACUUCCGUUGUAUCUUCUAUUGGGACUCUUAGCUGGCGUGGCUUCGUUAGGUCUCAAAUAUUCUUUGCAGUGGGGAAGUAACUUUUUCCAAGGCAAGUUGUCCAUUUCAGAAUGGAUGAAAGCCGUUCCUACUGUAACAAAGCCUUUUUUGGGAGGCCUUUUGAAUGGAUUGAUUGCUUUAUUCUUUCCUCAAAUCCUUUUUUUUGGUUAUGAUACUUUGGAUGCUUUGUUGGCAGAUUCGGAUUUUCCUUUGCAGUUACUCUUUACGCUUUUAUUUCUAAAGCCUAUUGUGACUUCACUAUCUUUGGGCUCUGGUCUAGUGGGAGGAACAUUUGCUCCUACAUUAUUUGUCGGUGCCACUUUAGGUGCUUGUUAUGCAAAGUUAUUGGCUCAGAUUGACUAUGGUAUUUUGCAUGUCAUGAAUCAAAGUUUUGGGUCAUGGCUGUCCUCAGGAAUGUCCAGCAUUCUUCUGAUUGCUGGUCCACCUGCUUAUAGUAUGGUGGGUAUGGCUGCUGUAUUAUCUGGAGUGUUUCGUGCUCCUCUUACAAGUUCUCUGUUGUUAUUUGAACUGACUCGUGAUUAUCGCAUUGUAUUACCUCUUAUGGCUAGCUCUGGUCUGUCAUCUUGGCUAGUCGAAACAGUAGAACUAGAAUUUUCCAAGAGAUGGAAUGCGAAAGAGUGGAACAACACCACUAGUAGGGAAGGAAUCAAGGAGAACUAUGAGAAGAGAGAUAAAAUGGAGCAACUCAAAGAUAGCGAAGAAGAUGAUCUUCCUAAGAGAGAUGAGAAGGGACGUUUAUGGAAUUCUGUAGAUAUUAAUACUCCUUCUUUUGAAUUGGGACAGUCUCUGUCGACAGAAGAACAACGUUUGAUGAAACUUAUCUCGGUGAGAAAUGCAUUGAAUAACAACUUUGUGUUGUUACAUGCGAAUAUGAGACUAAUGGAUGCUGUUCAUUACCUCAUUCAAAGAGAUGAAAUGUUUGGAAUUGUCGUUGUUUCAAACCUGGGGAAGGAUGAAGUGAUAGUUUUGAAAGAGAUCGAAGGAGUGUUUUCACUGAAUGACAUUUCAUUUGGUUUCUUUUCGAUGGUCCAAAGCGACCAUAUAACAUUGCAGGGAAUGGAAAAUGAAGGGCGCAUGUUGGAUGCUAUGAACCCAACUAUCUUGUCAGAUUCAGCCAUUUCGUUUCAAAUACAGAUUCUUUGGCAACAGCAUAUCAUCAGUUGAUAUUGCAUGGAAUAGAGAGAGUUUUGGUUAUCGA